GCCCCUCAGCCGCUGCGAGCGGCGGCGCCGGCGGCCGGCCAGCCGCGGCCUCCUCCGCCGGCCUACGGCACGCGCCUGCCGCCGCCCGGUCACUACCUGAGCCGACAGGGCAGCCAGGGCCGGCCACCGGUCGACUCUCCGUUCAGCCCCGGCAGGCCGUCACCACCGGCGGGGGCGGCGACCACCACGGUGACGGCGCGGCCGGCCGUCUCGUCCGGGCCGCACCAGGAGGCUGCGGGGACCGACAGGAGCAGAGCGGGGGAGGUGUCCCGCAGCCAGCCGUCCACCGAUCACCGGCACACCGCGCUGCUGGACACCAGCGUCGACUCGGAGGGACGCGCCCGGACGAAACCGGGCGGCCAGCGAGGGAACGAGCAGGAGUGGGCUGAUACGGAGCCAGAGCUGCGUCAGAUCCUGGACCCGGGCUCCCGGCGACCUGACCUGACCUCUGCGCCGGCGGGAGUGUCGUCCACCCCUCCGCUCCCGGCACCAGACGGCUCCCCGCCGCACUCCCCGGCCGGCACUCCCCGUCUAGGGACCCGCGCCGGUCAGCGGUCUGCAGCCGGGCCCAACCAGCCUGACCUGCUGGAGGACACGGCCGCCCCGGGGCAGCCGCUGCUGACCGGGCGGAUCGGCUCCGGCUCGGCGCCCCGACAGGGCCGACAGAGCCAGGGCCAGAGCCGCAGCUGGGUGACGCGCGCCGCCAAGGAGUCACCGACGAUGGGUCGUGGCGACCCCAGAGAGCGAUCGCGACAGAGGACGACCACUCGAGUUGGCUCGCUGGGUGUGCUGGGUCCUGCCAACGACAGCGGCGGUGACCUGGCCUCGCUGGACCUGGAGUCGGCACUGGACCAAACCUCGGACCAGAGCACGGACGACUCGACCGUGCUGGAGACGGGUGUGGACGGUCCCACCGUGCGCCGGCAGCUGCAGAGCCUCGAGACCAUGUACUCGGAGGUUCUGCGUCUGCUGGGCGGUCAGAAGCGCGCUCAGCCGGGCCGGCCGACCGCCAGGGUGCCGGCCGGCCGUCUGCGUCCCGGCAGCAGCGUGUCCUCCCUCCCCUCCUCCAUCGGGGGGAAGCCGAGCCGCGACCGGCGCCGCGAAGACCGGAAACAGACCAGGGACUCCAGGGGGAUCAACAAGCGGUUCCAGCGACUGGAGAGUCACGUGGUGACGCUGGCGAGGAGCGUGGCGCACCUGUCCUCGGAGAUGAGGACACAGCACCUCAUGUUCCAGGAGAUGGAGUCGAUACGGACCGAGCUGGCCCAGCUCCGACAGGGCUCGGGGCCCGGUGUCCGGCACGGCGGAGAUUUCGGAACGUUCCGACCGGCCGGUGUAUCUCUCACACAUCCGCCGCGCGUGCGGAAACUGACCCGCUUCUUCGGCGACGAGCCGCCCCUGCUGCGGAUCUUCCUCAACCAGCUGGGAUACGAGAAAUACGCUCCGCUGUUCGAACGCGAACGGAUCGGUAUGCUGGAGCUGCCAUACAUGACUGAGGAACGACUCCAGAAACUGGGAGUGCCCAUUGGGCCGCGACUGCGCAUUCUACACGAGGCGCAGCUCUCGAUGAGAGGCGACAAUCCCAACGUCUACAUACUCUGAGACCGAGCGACAGGGCUGGGAUUCAUGUUCUUGGGACAACACUGUCGUCUCGACAGCUAUCGUGUGGAGCUCGACAUCCCAGCGUGUGUUGAACAAGCGUCAUUUUGUCAAGUUAUUGAGGAAGCUUCGAGCCAUGAGCUCACAGAUAUGACCAAAGAACGAUGUUAGCUCGUAAUGAUGUAUGGUACAGUCUGCAGCUUUUAGUUUUUCCACACUUGAAGGCUGAGAGAGAUUAUUGGCUUUGGCGCCCAGAGCAAUGCUUAUGAAGACAUUUAAUAGACCCAGGUGCCAACUAGCACAUUUGAGCCAAAUCGUCUGUGCCUCCUAGGAAAAGUAUCACCGACCAUCCCCACUCCCUUGCCAUCGGAACUGCCUCAGGCGGGAUAUCAGUCUGCCGAUGAUAGGUUCUGCUCAUUCUGUGUGUGUUCACUGCCCGAUCAGAACGAGUCGAGGGCUGUGCGCAAGCGAGCCGAUUGCAGAACCCUUCCUUCACGGCGCUUGAUCGAGACAACAUGAGAGCGGCAAAAUUACGCGUCACACACCUGUGCGAAGCUCCUCUGUGAACAGAAGGACGAUAAUGAAUGGAUUGUACGAGGAAUCUAGCGAUGGUAGAUUCUGUACUGCCACUAUAACUGCAGUGAAUUAGGACUCUUUACGGUGCUCACUAAUUGAUGUUAUUGAUGUAAUUGAUGUCAGUAAUGUCAUGUCAGCUAUUCGACAUGAUGACUGCACUCAUGACUUUACGCAAGUCAACAAUAUCAAAUGCGGUCUAGAAGUGAACUACGAUGGGUGUUGUACUCCGAGAAUCCGUCCAAAUAUUUGGAUAAUAUUUAGACAAUGCUCGAAUAGCCUCUCGAGCGACAUCGAGGGAGCAUAUUCGAGCCAGCAAGGAGAGCGCUUCCUUUCAGGAGAGAGCAUGAACGAUAAUUCAUCCCACUCUUUUAAGCAACUGUGAAAAUAUGUGUGAAUGGUUGGCCCUUUACAUAGUGCUGUAUUGAGACCGCUCACAUCUGUUAUGGGUAGAGUGCGACAGAUAUAUCCGCUAGGUUCUAUCAUGCACGUUUUGUGUUGGUUUGAUAUGGAAUGUUUAUUAGGUACCUAUUUAUGUGUUUGUAAAAUGUUUAGGGAGAUGUGCCGAAAUAAAUACUGUCAUCUCUAAA